AUGGCCAAGCCCCGCAGCUCCGCUCCGAUCGCCACCUCCGCCACACUCGGCGCUGACGGCGGCCGCGACCGCACCACGCUCGCCGCGGUGGGCGCAGCGCUGGCCUCGCUGCUGCAGGGUUACCACACGGGCGUCAUCGGCGGUGCUCUGCUCUACCUCGCGCCCGAGUUCGGCCUCGCAACCGAUCCGAAGCUGACCGGUGCCAUCGUGACUGCAACCACCGUCGGCUCUGUCGUCGGCACCGCGGCGGCGGCGCGGCUCUCUGACGGUAUCGGCCGGCGCAGCACGCUCGCGAUCGCGUCGUGGGCGUCGCUCGCCGGCUCGGCCCUCCUCUGCGUCUCGCGCACCGCCGGCGGCCUCGUCGCCGCGCGCGGCCUCGUCGGCGUCGCCGUCGGCAUGGCGGGCGCCGUCGUGCCAGUCUACAUCGCCGAGACGGCGCAGGCGUCGCGGCGCGGCGCGCUGGCGGCGAUCCCGCAGACGUUCGUCUCGCUCGGCAUCUUCUCGGCGUACCUCGUCUCGCUCCUCAUCGCCGCCGUCUUCCCCGCCGCCGGCUGGCGAGGGAGGCCGAUGAUGGCGGCCUCUCUCGUUCCGGCGGCGGUGCACGCGGCGAUGGUGCUAUGGGUGCUGCCCGAGUCGCCCCGCUGGCUGCUGCAGCGCCGCAGGCCUGCCGACGCUCUCCGCGCCCUCUCGCGCCUGCGCGGGAUCAACGCGGUGGUGUACUACACCCCGACGAACGCGGCCUCGCUCGCCGCCACCGCGCUCGCGCUUGCCACCAUCUCGCUGAUGGACCGGCUCGGACGCCGCUCGCUCCUCCUCCGCUUCAUCCCGCUCAUGGCCCUCUCCCACCUCGCCCUCGCCGCCUCGCUGCUGCACAUGGCCUCCGCCUCGUCCGCCCUGCCCGCGGCGGCGGCGGUGGUCGCGCUCUGCGGCUACGGCGUCGCCUUCUCCCUCUCGCUCGGCGCGGGACCCGCCUUGCCCCGCCCUCCGCCGCAGCCCGGGAGGAGGCGCCCCAUCCCAAACAUCCUCACGUCGGAGCUCUUCCCGAUGCGCGCGCGCGCCGCCGCCAUGUCCGUCUCGCUCGCCGCCCAGUUCGUGUGCAACACCGCCGUCGGCGCCGGCUUCCCCGCACUGCGCGCCUCGCUCGGCAGCGGCGGCGUCUUUUUCGCGUUCGCCGCCGUGUGUGCGGCCGGCUGGCUCGUCACGGCCGUCGCGGUGCCGGAGACCAAAGGGAGGGCGCUCGAGGACGACGGAGGAGAGGGCAAGACCAAGGCCUCCUGA